AUGUCUGAGACAUUUCUCAUAAAAAUAUAUUCUCUCUUCUCAUCAACAGUCACCGCAAAUAAUCUAGUUAAGCGUAGUCUUCGCGACUCUACAAUUGAAUGUCUAGAUGAUGGACGUUUUUAUAGAAAUCCACAUCGAGCAAUUAACAGAAUGUGGUCAUACUCGGAAUGUUCAAAAUAUUUCCUUUGUCUCGAUGGUGAGGUAUUCGAGUUUCGUUGCAGCGAGGGAUUAUUGUUUGAUGUUACACGACAAAUCUGUGACUUUAAAGCAAAUGUUGACAAUUGUGAUGUAACUGCUGAGACCAAGAUUCCAAAGCCUCUUUUACAUGAUGCUCCUUGUGCUAACGAUGCACAAUUAGGUUGCGGUGAUGGAACAUGCUUACCAAAUGAAUAUUUCUGUGAUGGAAGUGUAGACUGUCCUGACGGAAGUGAUGAAGGAUAUUGCAAUCCAAAUAAUGACCCAAAUGCAGCAGAUAAGUGUGACUUGUCAGUCUGUCAGCUUCCUGAAUGUUUCUGUUCAAAAGAUUCUACACAAAUUCCUGGUGGUCUUGAGCCUGUUAAUACGCCUCAGAUGAUUGUUUUAACAUUUGAUGACUCAAUUAAUAUGGAAAAUUGGAACUUGUACCAAGAUAAAAUAUUCACAAAUAAGAGAAAGAAUCCAAAUGGAUGUCCAAUAAGAGGAACUUUCUUCAUCAGCCAUCAAUACACAGAUUAUCAAAAAAUACAGAAACUCUGGGAACAGAAUCAUGAGAUUGCACUGCAUUCAAUCACACAUCGUGGACCUGAAUUUUGGUGGAGGGAUAAUGCGACAAUUGAGGAUUAUUUUGACGAGUUUGUUGGACAAGCUAAUAUAAUUAAUAAGUUUGCAAAUGUGAGGAUGGAAGAGAUUCGAGGAAUUAGAGUUCCUUUCCUGAAAGUCGGAUGGAACCGACAAUUUUUAAUGAUGAAGGAAUUUGGUUUUGUGUAUGAUUCAUCAAUUGUGGCACCAUUCACAAAUAUCCCAUUAUGGCCAUACACACUCGACUAUAAAAUUCCACAUGCAUGCCUUGGAGAUAAUAAUUGUCCAUCAAGAAGCUAUCCUGGUGUUUGGGAAAUGGUAAUGAAUCAAUUAGAAGUAGAGGAUGGACGUACUUGUGUUUAUGCUGAUCAAUGUCCAGCGAAUUUAAAUGGUGAUGAUGUGUUUAGGAUGUUUAUGCACAACUUUAAGAGACAUUAUUCAACAAGUCGUGCACCGUUAGGUUUAUACUUCCAUUCUGGAUGGUUUAAAAAGCCUGAAUAUAUGGAUGUGUUUGUCAAGUUCUUGCAAUUUCUUGAGAAACUUCCAGAUGUCUAUUUUGUGACAAAUAAUCAAGCGAUUGAAUGGAUGAGAAAUCCAACACCAGUCAAUCAAUUACACAACUUUGAACCUUGGAAAUGUUCACCAAAGCAAUUAGAUCCUAAUGAAAAGACUUGUAGCUACCCAAACAGCUGUAAAUUACACUCAAGAGUACUUCAACAAGAUCGGUACUUAAUAACUUGUAACGAAUGUCCAAAGCAAUUUCCUUGGAUCAGAAAUGAACUAGGACUAGAUUAA